CACACCAUGCCCAAAAACGCAGCGCAGAACGAGAAGACUUGCGCAGUAUGCUCACAACACCCUCCAAAGUACCGCUGCUCCUCUUGCCUCCUUAGAUACUGCUCCGUUUCAUGCUACAAAACCCACAAGACUCAAUGCAAUGCCACCGCUCAACAACCGUCUACCGUACACCCCACCGAGCCACUGGGAUCAGAAAUCGGCAUUCUAUCGCAGGCGGCUGAAGGAGCUGCCCCUGAACACGGGUUAAACAGAGAAGGACAUUCCACGAAUAAUGCCUCUCUCAGACCACUGACUUCGCUCAACUGGCCCCCAGAGCCUGAUCCUGGCCUCUUCACAGAUCCGUUAUUGAAAGAUGACCCAAAACCUCUCCGGCACGAGGAGCUUUUACGCAUCGCCCAAUCAACCUCCCUCCGUGCUCUUCUGGUCGAUCAAACCCUCAUUUCUAUCCUCCAACUACUAGAUACUCUUCCACCGCCUGCACGCCACUCUGCACUCUCGAAGCUGUUGGGAUUCGACCCUCAAUCUCUUUCAAAUACGUCCAACACUCUCAUAAAUGGGCGGGAUUCUCCACCUCCCCUUGACGAGCUUCUUGGUGCGCUAGCACGAGGCGUGGGAGACACUGCGGAAGAAGCGGUUCAAGAUGGAGGAUGGUGGCUCAAUGGUCCCAAAAAUAAAGUAUGGAUUACGGAAAGAGAAAAAAAGUUAAUGAGGCUUUUCGCUGGGAGCGUCUGUUUGGCUAUUGAUGGCAAGAUUGAAGAUGGGGACCUGGUUUGGGGACAGGGAGAGCUUGCUUGGGAUGUUUGAUGUUUUAAUAUAUCCAUUAUAACACUCCUUCAUCCUUAUUCCUUACAUAGAUUCUCACCACUGUUGUACCUUUAGGAUAGAACACAUUCAUCAAGAUCAUGUCCCUUGUUGUUGUAUGGGAUGGCUUCUAUUGCAUGAGCUAACGUAAAACGUAUAGGAAUCUGCUGAGCCUUAAUCACGACCCUCAUUUGAUAAUUUUAUGCAAGUUAAUGAGGAAGACAGUGGAGUAUCAAAGUGAAAAAAAGAGCCGUCAUGUAGAAGAGGUGCUCUAUUAAUUAAGGCGUGCGAACGCAAGUGUAUAAAAAGUGUGUAUAAAAUACAAUUA